AUGUCUACAAUCCGUUUCAAGGGGCCCAAGCCAGGCGCAAAGCUUCAGGUCAUUGGAGCCGGCUUGCCACGGACAGGCACGAACUCAUUCUGCGCUGCACUUGAAAUCCUUCUCGAUGGGCCUUGCUAUCAUUCUGGCGUCCAAUAUGCUGCAGAAGGUGCCGGCGAUGAGAAGCACAUCAAAGCCAUGAUGAAAGCAUCGGCCGAAUAUCCCUACAACUCAUCAACAUGGCCAUCCGUCGCAAAAACACUUCACGAGACACUCGAUGGCUAUGUUGCAGUGGCAGAUCCUCCGCUCUCCGUGCUCUACCCAGAGCUCCUCAAACUCUGUCCGGAUGCCAAGGUCAUCGUAACAGUUCGAGACCAAGAGCCGUGGAUGAGGUCUAUAGCGGAGGUUAUCAAGCUUUCUCAGCCCAAGCUGGCGACUUUCAUCUUCUGGUGGGUACCAAGUGUGCGCUGGCUGCCGAAGCUUGCUGAGCAUAUGACCCAUUUGUUCUACACAAAAUUCGGCGUGGAGAUGGAAGACCGAGAAACCUUCAUUACAACCUGGAAUAAACACAUUGAGCAGCUGAAGAAGACUGUACCGGAAGGUCAGCUCUUCUUUUUCGAUGUCAAAGAGGGUUGGGAGCCACUUUGCAAAGCUUUGGACAAAACUAUACCAGAUGUCCCAUUUCCUAGACUCAAUGAUGCAAAAGACAUGGAAAAUCACUUCAAGAAAUUAGCCUCGAGAGGCUUGACCAGGUGA